GUACUAUUUCUCUCUCACACAUCUCCAAAAUCCCUAGAAACGAACCCCUAAAAUCCUCUCUUUAUCUAUCCUCUUCUCUUUCUUCUUCUUCUUCUACAUUUUGAAGCUCAGAUCUCAACGAGGGAUUUGAGCCAUUUUUCUGCAAAAAAAAAAAAAAAACCCCAAAAAAUCGGCAUUUCAUAGAAGAAUUUCGGCAUUUUGUUGAAUCAGAUGUCUCGCAUAUGAGAUGAAGAGCGAUACCCAUUUCACCAUUCAUUCUUUGCUGCAAAUUUUCCUCUUCUUUGGCACUCUUUUGUGCCUAGCUUCUUCUGAAGAGCUUCUUCAAGUUUCCGGCCAUGGCGGCGGCGGUGGACUGACCGAUGCUGAAGCUCACUACAUCCGUCAACGGCAACUUCUUUACUACAGAGAUGAAUUUGGCGACCGUGGUGAAGAAGUCACCGUUGAUCCUAAGCUGGUUUUUGAAAACGACAGGCUUAGAAAUGCUUACAUAGCUUUACAAGCUUGGAAGCAAGCGAUUCUAUCUGACCCUUUGAAUCUUACUCUUAAUUGGGUUGGAUCUGAUGUUUGUAGUUACAAAGGGGUUUUCUGUGCUGAGGCGCCGGAUAAUUCCUCGAUCCGUACGGUCGCCGGAAUCGACCUUAACCAUGGCGACAUUGCCGGCUACUUGCCGGAGGAGCUCGGCCUUCUUGUGGAUCUUGCAUUGUUCCAUAUCAACUCCAACCGGUUUUGCGGCACUGUGCCUCACAAGUUUAAGCACUUGAAGAUGCUGUUUGAGUUGGAUCUGAGCAACAAUCGCUUCGCCGGAAAGUUCCCUCGGGUGGUUCUCGAGCUGCCGGAGCUGAAGUUUUUGGAUCUGAGGUUUAAUGAGUUUGAAGGGACCGUUCCUAAAGAGCUUUUCGACAAGGAUUUGGACGCUAUUUUCAUCAACCACAAUAGAUUCCGGUUUGACUUGCCGGAAAAUUUCGGGAACUCGCCGGUUUCGGUGAUUGUUCUUGCGAAUAACAAAUUUCACGGCUGUGUGCCGGGGAGUAUUGGGAAUAUGACGAGGUUGAAUGAGAUUAUUCUGAUGAAUAAUGGGUUUCGGUCGUGUUUGCCGCCGGAGAUUGGGUUGCUGAAGAAUCUGACGGUGUUGGAUUUGAGUUUUAAUGAGUUUCUUGGGGCGUUGCCGGAGACGAUCGGUGGAAUGGUGAGUUUAGAGCAGCUGAAUGUGGCGCAUAAUUUCUUGUCCGGGAAGGUUCCGGAGAGUAUCUGUAAGUUGCCGAAUCUGAAGAACUUUACCUAUUCGUAUAAUUUCUUUACUGGAGAAGCGCCGUCGUGCUUGGCGUUGCCGGGCUUUGAUGAUCGGAGGAACUGUAUUCCGAAGCGGCCGGUGCAGCGUUCGGAGAGGCAAUGUAAGUCGUUCUUGUCUAAGCCUGUGGAUUGCAGUUCUUUUGGAUGUCCUUCUUAUGUUGCUCCGUCGCCACCUGUGGUGGUGCCUUCUCCGCCACCUGUUGUUGUUUCAUCUCCGCCGCCACCUGAUUGGGAUUCACACCCCAUUUACCGACCACACUCUCCUCCCCCGCCUCCACCUUCCCCACCUCCGCCUUCUCCACCGCCGCCUGUCUACUCUCCUCCCCCACCACCACCUUCCCCUCCUCCGCCCUCUCCACCGCCCUCCACCACCAGCGCCGGUGUAUUGUAUCCGACCACCACCACCCCCGCCUCCACCAAACUCUCCCCCACCUCCACCAAAUUCCCCACCUCCUCCUCCAUUAUUCUCUCCACCCCCACCUGUUUACUAUUACAAUUCACCGCCACCGCCCAACUCUCCACCACCACCACCAAUGUACUCUCCACCACCACCACCAAUGUACUCUCCUCCGCCACGGCCCCACUCACCACCUCCUCCACCGCAUUCACCACCACCUCCAAUCUAUCCUUACCUAUCUCCCCCACCUCCACCUGUCUAUUCCCCUCCUCCACCUGUCUAUUCCCCACCUCCACCCAAUUCACCCCCACCACCACCGCCAUGUAUAGAGCUACCCCCACCACCACCGCCGCCAUGUAUAGAGUAUCAUGAACCCCCACCUCCACCAUCACCAUCACCACCGCCACCCAUCCAAUACCUUCCCCCACCAUCUCCUUCCCCCCCACCACCACCGCCACCCACCCCAGUUUUCCAUUCACCUCCCCCACCAAUUUAUUACUCUCCACCACCACCGUCACCGCCGCCGCCCUCAUCCCCACCACCAUCACCCGUAUACGAAGGCCCAUUGCCACCAAUCUAUGGAGUUUCGUACGCCUCUCCUCCACCUCCACCCUACUAUUGAUUCUUUUAAGAAAUUUUCCUCCUCUAACCUUACCUCAAACUCAACCACAGAAGAAGGAGAAAUUUACAACACCAUGCCCUCGUUUAUCUUCUUCAUUGUACUGAAAUUUCCCAAAUCUUUUCAUUAUUCUUCCCCUUUCAGCAAUGCUCAUCGCUCUCUGGGGAAGAAUAAUCAAACUUUUAAGGAUUAUAUUUAUUUCUGCAA